UGAAUCAGCUGUGCCGCAAGCCUUCCAUUCUUCGCACUCGAAUUCCAUGUUGGACUGUGCAAGGUGAAGCAAAAAUCGUUUCAAAUCGUCGUUGACUCGCUCGUGUGGGUAACCGGCAACCGCCAUAGUCUCCGACGUUGUUUUAUCCGAGCAAACCGCAACAGGAAAACUUGUGAGAUAAAAGACAUUUUUAGAGAACAAUCUCGUGCGUGGAGUUCGCUUGUGUUGGCCGUUUUUGUAUAUCCAAAUCAGAACGUUUUCACGCGCCGUCGCUACCACCCGAAUACAUUCCACACUCGCCCAGCGGCAAGUACACCAUCGACAGAACUUUUCAUGUUUGGAGUGCGUUUCGCAACCUCUGCUCCCGUAUCUCGGCCUGUGCAAUAGUCGCUGCCCCGCCGCCCGAUUUCUUAACCCUGUGCACCGCAACGAGUUCCUUCUCUCCCUCGUCAUUUCGAGUUUCAACCCCCACUGUGACGGCACUCUAGUCGCCUGUCGCCUGGAAACUGCACUACCGAUCGGCAGUUAGUCUUGUGUUGUCCUGGAGCGAUUUUUCAGUGUUUUUGACGUUCGUGCGAAUACGAGGAACAAUAAAGUGCACAAGUGCUUGAUAUAUACGAGAGUUGCUUAAGAAGAACGAACAGUAGUGCUUUAACCGUUGCGAAUAUAAUUUCUGGCGAGAGCGUGCAUUUAGAGAAAAAACAUGGAUUUCGGCUUCGAUUCAGACAGUCAUAAAAAGUCGGCGGUGACUAGUCACCUGGAGAAGGGUGACAACCGUCAAGACUCGGACCACUCCCCACUGGGUGGCGACUCCCCAUUCCACACAUCGGACAAACUUCAGAAGAGCACCUCGGGAUCUGGAUCGACAGAUGACUUCGAACAUGUUGACCAUGACCCUUUCAUGUCGGACAGCGGCUUUCCUGCGUCUAGCGCAGCCCCUGUCUCGGGGAAGACUUCCGGAGGUACGGAUAGUGGACAUCUUUUGGAUGAUUUCCUUAGCAGCUCGCAAAAGCAAUUUGAUAGCUUCAAAACGGACAUUGGCAAAGAAUUUUCACAAGUAGCGUCUGGUGCCAAGGACUUGGCUUCGGAUUUCAUGUCGACCUUUGACGAUAAAAUUUCUUUGACUCGCGAUUUCAUGGCAGCAGAACGAGGAGGUUUCGCAGCACCCAUUCCUCCGCAGAAAACCUCUCCGCAACCUCCGGCAGCCCCGAUUUCGCCUGUUUCGACGCAACCGCCAAAGGCACCCGAAUAUAUUUUCGAGCCUGACCCAGUACCACUCAAUGAAAAAACGUUCAAGGAAGACGCGAUCGCAGCAUUUAAGGAAGAGAUAGCUGCUGCAGCACAUAAGGAAGAAAUACCCGCGGCAACGCAUAAAGAAGAAACGCCGGCCGGGUUUAAGGUAGAAACACCGGCAGCUGCUUCUGCCCCAAUGGAAGAGAAACCAGCUACCGAUAACUUCAGUUUCUUCGAUUCGCCCGUAAAGAAGAUUAGCAAGGAGGAUACAGAGAAGUUCAUUUCGUCCGAAGACUUGUUAGGCGACUUUAGUGAUGCCCGCAGGACUCCUGAACCGGCUUUGCAGGCACCGUCAAAGCCAGAGCCAGUGGCUCCUGUGGCACCCAUCGUGCCAACACCGGCUAUCAUCCCAGAACCUGUUGCCCCGGCGCCUGUAAUUCCACCUCAACCUAAAGAAGAACCAAAACUCCCCGAAUCCGCACCGGCUCCAAAAGCUGUGCCAAAGGCGGUCGAAAUACCGAUUUCCGCUGCACCAACGAAACUGACCGAAACUGCAAUCAAACCUGCUGAACCGGAACCCGCUAAACCUGCUGCUCCAGAACCCGUCAAGCCAGCUGUAGAGCCCCCCAAACCAGCUGCUGUCGAACCUCAGAAACCAGCAAAACCAUCAGCCCCUCCAGCAGAGGCACCUGCAAAGAAGCCAGCUACCCCCAUGAUUUCCGCCGAAGAGAUUUUCUGCAGAUACGGACUCGAUGCCUGGUUUAAACCGGAUCGCUUACACCCAGUCGUGGAAUCUCUCAUCUAUUGGCGUGAUGUGAAGAAAUCCGGAAUAGUAUUUGGAGCUGGACUAGUCAUUUUAUUAGCGAUAUCAUGCUUCUCAGUGAUCAGUGUAUUCGCUUAUCUAUCCCUUCUAACGUUGGCCGGAACAAUUGCUUUCCGUAUCUACAAAAAUGUUUUGGGAGCCAUUCAGAAAACAUCAGAGGGUCAUCCAUUCAAAGAAUACCUUGAAUUGGAUCUUACAAUUUCACAAGAAAAAGCACAAAAUGUCGUAGGUGUUGUAGUGGCACAUCUGAAUGGAUUCAUUUCGGAACUGAGACGAUUGUUCCUCGUCGAUGAUUUGGUUGACUCAAUUAAGUUCGGUGUAAUUUUGUGGGUUCUGACAUACAUUGGCGCCUGGUUCAAUGGAAUGACUUUGGUUAUCUUGGCAUUCGUCGCAUUGUUCACUUUACCAAAAGUUUACGAAAACAACAAGCAGUCAAUCGACACAUACUUAGAUUUGGUUAGGAGUAAAAUUUUGGAAAUCACUGACAAAGUCAAAGCUGCUAUUCCAAUUGGAAAGAAACAAGAGACAGACAAGGACAAAUGAGCUUAAACACUCAAAGCAUAAUGCAUACAUUAUAAUUAUUAACUCGUUAUUAUCUACAUUAUAACUAUUUUCACUUAAAAACAAAAAAUACCUUUUUAAAUUCAACAAAAAAAAAAGAAAAAGCAAAAAGAAUAUAAGAUUCAGUCCACAAUUGUAGAAAUAAUAUGACUUUGUUCGGUCAUGGAUGCGUCUUCCUUGUGUCGUAUACCACAUGCUGGCAAAGUCUCUUUUGUUUUUAAAUGAACUCGAUAAGAUUUACAAGCUUUUUUUUAUUUUAUUUAGUUAAUGUGUGAAAGAAAACCUACAACUUUUUUAAAAGAUUGAAAAUAAGAAAAUUCAACCAAACGAGAUUGUUUCUAACAUUUGUUGUUGAUAUCGAUACUUUCUUAGUAUUGUCUAUUUUCAUUUGAAGAUCACAAAACAUCAUUCACAAAUUAAGUCUUGUCUCGCCUAUUUGAUCAAUGCAUGAACGCAAAUAAGAAGAUAAUGGGAGGAGUCAACCAAACAAGUUUUUUAAGGUAGUCCGAGUCGAGACCUAACCAAGUGACGAAUAUACAUAAAAACUGAAAUCUAUUAGGAAGAAGAACAGACAGGAAACUUAAAGAGAAAUUUUACCAAGCAGAAGAGAAGAAAGAAAAACACAAGAUUUGUAGUAGCUAUAUAUAACAUAUUUUUCGCGCAUUUGCCGCUUAGUGAUUUAAUAUAUACUUGUAAAAUGUAUGUAUUUGUUAUAAAUAUGUAUUUUAGUCUUUUGCGAACAAAAAAAUGGAAGAAUGAAGAGAGCAGAAAAGAAAAGAAAAGAAAUCAUCAGAUGCAAGAAAUAUCCAAUAUAGAAAAUAUAUAAUCUGACAUACAAAGCUAAUGUUCUGUCCAUUCAUUUGCUACAAUUUCUUCAUUACUCGUUAUCAUCUAUACCAAAACGUGGCUUCACCAAUUCUUAGUUUUUCUGUUUGCUUUAUCUUUAUUAAUUUAAAUAUAUACAUACUACCUGUAAUACGUUUUUAUGUAAAAUACUGCGAGAAGGAUCCAAUAUAUAUAUUUUCAAGAUUCAAUGCAAUAUAUUCUUAAAUUGUAAAUGUGAGAGAAAACCACACAUGAUUGACUAUUAUUAUUACUAUCGAAUUAAAAUAAAAGAGUAAAGAAAAAAGUGAAAACAUACAAAACGUUUA